CUUUAUAUUCACUGUGAACCCUGAAGAUUUUUUUUACCAGCCACUAUGAGUUCUUGUUACUUCGUAAUCUGCUUGGUGCUGAUUUCGGCGAUCAAGGGAGAUUCCCCCGCGUGCGACAUAAACGCGUGUCAAGCCCUUGAGGAGAGUUUGAUACGCUUGAGGGAAUUUUGGGACAAAGUGGAGGGAAAAAAUAAUACCAACGAUCAUUUGAGGAGUCUGGAAAGAAGACUACGAUCUCUCGAGCAACCCGUGUGGCAAGUAGUCAAGAGCGAAGGGAACUGGAUGAACUGCGCUAAAGGACCUUGCAAUUGCUCCCCGGAAACCAAGACCUUGAACUGCUGGCAACAGGGGCUGACGCAGUUACCAACCGCUCAAGUCGUGCCGUAUGACGUCAGAUCGAUCGACCUCGGAAUAAACCACUUAACUACAUUGAACAAAAACACCUUCAAGGAUCUGAGUUACCUGACUGAACUCGAUUUGUUCGACAACAAAGUGGACUACCUUCCUCCUAAUGUCUUCGAUCAGCUUAGUAGCCUGAUUUACCUGCGCCUGCAUAAGAACGCAAUCGAAGUACUACCUCCGGAGUUAUUGGCCAAGUUGCAGAAUUUGAGAACCUUCGACGGGUCUACCAAUUCAAUCAAAGAACUGGCGCCCAACGCGUUCAGACAAAACAGAAAUCUGAUACUCGUGCACCUUUCGAGGAACCAAAUCAGGCAUCUUCACGAGACUGCAUUCGACGGUCUGGAACACCUCGAGGAUUUGGACCUCAGCAACAAUCGUUUGGAAACUCUACCGAAGUUUAUAUUUAGCGACCUAAGGGCGCUGAAGCGGCUUCAUAUUGCUGAGAAUAGUAUUGCUUUGCUGCCAACUGGUAUAUUCGACAAUUUAAUCAACUUGGAACUGUUAAAUUUGAGAAAAAAUCGUAUAAUGCAUUUGUCGGACAACUUGUUCGCAAAGAUGGAGAAUUUGCAGGUACUGCAGCUGACGAAUAACCAGAUAGCCGAGAUAAACCUCAACGAUUUUUCCAAACUGACGAAUCUGGUCGAACUCCAUUUGGGACAAAAUCUAUUGUCUGACUUACCCGAGAAUAUUUUCCUGCGCAACAAGAACCUGGAAAAGCUCUAUCUGUUUUCCAACAACUUGGAAGAGCUGAGAGAGAGGAAUUUCAACGGGCUGGUCGCGCUAACUAAUUUGCUGGUCAACAAUAAUCUAUUGAAAGAGGUUCAUUCCAGGGUCUUUGUUUACACGCCCAGCUUGCAGAAAUUGCAACUAGACAGCAACAAAUUUCAUUACUUGUCGCCGAAACUUUUCGAUCCCUUAACCGAAUUGGUUUCGGUAAAGCUAGGGAAAAAUCCGUGGCAUUGCGACUGCAACAUCCUGUAUUUGGCUAUAUGGGUCGAUUCAAAUCCGGAGAAAAUUUGGGACUCUGAGCCGACGUGCAGAGGUCCGGGUGAUUUUGGGGGAUUGCUGCUCAAAGACAUGACCUUCGACAAGUUAUGCGAAGGUCAAUGGGCCAGCAUGUUGAACUUGUCACCCCGCAUACCGAUCAAGGGGGGCUUUAUCGGAGAAUCUAGCAGGACCGUUAAUUAUCCUCCGGUAGCGUAAUAUGCUCUACGAUGCUGCAUUUCAUGUCCUUUUAGAUUUUAAUUUUAAAGCGUGGUUAUUUAAAUCGUUGUGCAUUGGAGGCUCUGUCUACAUUUAA